AUGGCGGGCUGCAACAAAAGCCAGCUCUACCUCACGACCAUCGCCGUUACCGUGAUCCUCUUGACAGCAAACCAAGCCGCAGAAGCGCGUUUCAAGGGCCUCUGCGACCAAACUGCAUACCCGACCUUGUGUCGGCCAAUGGUGAAAGGCUCGAGUCCGAGACGAGCCACGCGCAGCAUGAUUUGUGCCCUCGAGACUAAGACGAGAUUGGCGAUUGCAAACGCUGCAAGGUACAAAAAUGGGAACCAACAAGUCUCAAUUUGCUACGCAACUCUUACGGACGCGGCCUUCAAUCUUCGGAAGGCGAAGAACAGCAUCAAGAAACGAAAUAAUUUGUCGCUGAAAAUGUUUUUGACCGCGGCUGUUUCGGAUUUCGGCGUUUGUGUCAACGGGUUUGUUGAUUCGCGUCAGGUUAACACCGUUCAGAACGCUGCAGAUGAGCUGAGGAAGAUGGGAACUAAUUGCUUGUUUCUUGCUACAUUGAUUAGAUGA